UGGGAAAUGUCCGGAGCCAAUCACUGUUUUCCGUGUACUGUUUGAGUUUGACCGUUUUACGCUUGUGGGGGACGUUUAGAAUCUCUUAUUAUUUUAUUUUAAUCAUAUUUCACACAACAUGCUUAAAUAAACUAAUAUUUAGUUACCGACGAUGUAAACGUGCCCAAUGGUGUGUGUUUAAUUUGUUCCACGCCUGAUUCGCGCGCUGGGGUUUUUAACCCGUUGCUAUGGCGACGGAAUGGCCGCGCUCGAGCAGAUCGACGCUUUGCGAAAGCAGAACAAAGAUUUACUGAAGAACCUCAAGAAACAAAGCGAAAAACUGCAUCAACUGACUCUCUCGUGGCCGGAGGAGAAAGAUAAAAGUCACCGCUCUGAAUACAAAGCGUUUACCGUCGGGAGUGUCUUUUUAACGGAGAGAAACGGAGCAGAGCCGUUGCCUUCUUCACCAACAGCACUGAAAACCAUCAAAAUAUCCGAUGAACAAGUUUCUGAACAUUGUGAAGACCCCACACCAGACCAACAUAAACCCAAACACAAGCCAAGUUCAGAAGUGACCAAAUACAGCACACUCCUGCAAGACUCGGACAACAGACGCUGGAAGGGACGGAGCAGAUCUGUGAGGCUCAUGCUGCCCAAAUCUGCUCCUCUCACAGCGGAUAGUGACCAGAGAGAGACUGACAGCGCAACGACUGAUGGGCUGGAGGAUACUGUACCAGAGAGACACAUACAGCCUUUACUGGGCUAUGAUUGGAUAGCAGGCCUGCUGGACGCUGAGAGCUCUCUUGCUGAUCGUUCGGAGCAGUUCUUUAGCGAGCUCCGCAGCUUCCGUCAGGUCAACCGAGACGAGUGCGUCCACAACUUGUUAUAUGGAUUUCCAUCUGUUGCUGAUCUUGCAUCUUCCACACUUGAUGGCGAAGAGCCGCAGCCACCUGCAGACACACAUCAGUGCACGUUCUGCUACAGAAUAAACAGUCGACUGUUUGCGGUUCCGCUGGACGCACAGGCCGCCUGUCCAGUGUGUAAGAUGCCUAAAUCUGAACACCCUCAUACUGAAAAAGAGCCUGCUUUAAUCAGGGUCAGUAUUCCUCGCUCAACACUGCUGCCAGCACACCGAUACAAAGCCCAUCGUCGCUGCAGUUUUGAUUCCUCUGAUAGUCUGAGUUUGCCCUCACACUGUUUGUCGGGGUGGUCCAAUCCCACGCUGAACUCUGGCUCUCAGAUGAGCAGUCUGGACCUGCGGGGCUCCGUGACAAAACCAGCGGCCACGAGAGGCUCAUUCUCAUCCUGGUUUGACAAUAAACUGGAUUCAUCUCUGCCCAAUGCAUCAAGACAACGGCAUUCUGACCAGCUUCAAAACGUGUCUCGUUUGCCACGGUAUGCCUUUCAGCAUUUAGACCCAAAGAGGCCAGAACCCCACAGCCGCUCUUACACGCUUUACUGAUGUCACUGAAGAAGUUGCGUUCAAAAUGAAGCAACACGAACGUGUCACCGUCCACUGGAUUUUCUGAAAUGAGUGCUUGUUUAAAAGUAACAUUUUUUUGUAUGUGUAAUAAUGAACAAACAUAAACCAUUUGUAUGAAUCACUUCUGUUUCAUGGUGGUGAUGUUUGCUUUUUUUGUCCAUAUAAAUAAAUGAAAUGUAACAGUCAUUUCUGUUCUCAAAGCA